CGGCGCGGUCCGAGGCGGCACCGGAGGGAGCGGGAGCGGCACCGGGGGGGGCCCGGAACAACCGGGGGGGGCCCGGCGGGGCCGCGGCCAUGGCCGAGCCCGGAGGUACCGCGGCAGCGGCGCGGGGCAGCCCCGCAGCGGCGGCGCCGCGGCCGCCGCAGUGCCGGGAGCGGCGGGGUUGGGCUCCCGAAGCGCUGCCGCCGCUGAAAAGCGAACCGCAGCCCCCGGAAAAGCGGCGGAGAACGAUCGAGGACUUCAAUAAGUUCUGCAGCUUCGUGCUGGCCUACGCCGGUUACAUCCCGGCGGCCGCCGAGGACCCCCCCUGGCCCUCGUCCAGCCCCAGCUCACCGCGCCCGGCCGGGGGUGACACGUGGGGCUCAGCUCCGGCCGCUCUUCGAACCAUCGAAACCUUCGUCCGGAAAGCCAAAUCCUCCAAAAAACGCGCCCUGGCCCCGCCGGAAUCGGCCAUCCUGGACAAAAUGCGCCUCAAAGACUCCCUGUUCGACCUCCCCUCGCCCCAAAACACCCCGGGGGGGGGAGCGACCCCCCAAAAACGCCGCGAGCGCCGCGGCCGCCGGGGGGGGGACGCGGCCGUGGGGGGCGGCUCCCGGCGGGAGAAUUCGCGGAUUCGGGUGAAAAAGAGCAAAAAAAGACGCUGGAAAAAAGGGGAGAGGGGAGUUUUGGGGAGGGGGUCCCCCAGCGAGGAGACGGAUUCCGAGGAGGAGCCGCCCUCCCCUCCCCCGCCGCCGCCCCCUCCCCCGCCGCUGCCCCCCGAGGGGGGGAAAUUGGGGGUGCUGGGGGGGCCCGGGGGGGUGCUGGGGGUGGGGAAGGAAGGGGGGAGCACCGAGACCAGCAGGGACGGCGACGGCAGCGACAGCGACGCGCGGGUCAUGGACGAGGACAUCAUGGUGGAGUCGGGUGACGAUUCGUGGGAUUUGAUCACCUGCUACUGCCAAAAGCCCUUCGCCGGCCGGCCCAUGAUCGAGUGCAGCCAGUGCGGCACCUGGAUCCACCUGUCCUGCGCCAAGGUGAAGAAAAACAACGUUCCCGACGUCUUUUAUUGCCAAAAAUGCCGCGAGGGGCCCCGCCGGGCCCCCCCCGCCACCCCCCGCCCCACCGGCGACCCCUAAACCCCCCAAAAAAUGGGAUUUUGGGGCUCCCCGGCCUCGCUUCCGGCAGGAUUUGGGGGGUGGAACGCGCUCAAAAUCGGAAAUUUUGGGGGUUGCCACCUUUCCCCUGCGCUUUGGGGGUUUGGAGGUUCCUCCCAAAAAACGAGAAGUUUGGGGGUUGUGAGGUUCCCGAAUUUUGGAGGUUUUUUUGGGGGGAAGUCACCCUAGAAUUGUGAGGUUUUGGGGUUUGUAAGGUUCCCGCAAAAUUGGAGAUUUUGGGGUUGUGGCUCUCCCCGGAAUUGGGAGGUUUGGGGGUUGGAAAGUGCCCAAAAUUUGGAGAUUUUGGGGGUUGGAACCUCCCCCCACCCCGAAUUAUGAGGGUUUGGGGUUUAUAAAACCCCUGAAAUUGUGAGAUUUUGGGGCCAGCUCCCUCAAAAAUGAGGAGAUUCGGGGGGACUUUUACCUCCCCCCUAUAAGUUUUGGGGUUCCAGUUAAAAUUUGGGGGUGGUUUUGGGGUCCCUCAUCUGCAGGCCAGGAGGGUUUUGGGGUCCCAUUUUGGGGUACAAGAUUUGGGGGGCUCUUACCCCAGAUCAUGAGAUUUUUUUUUUUUUUUUGGGUCCCUCACCCCCAAGAUUGGGAAGAUUUGGGGGCGUUCCCUCACCCCAAAUUAAGAUUGGGGGAACCCCCCUUAGAUAGGGGAGGUUUGGGGGGUCCCCUACCCCAAAUUAUGAGAUUUUGGGGUCCCCUACCCCCAAGAACAGAGGGUUUGGGAGUCCUUCACCCCAGACAAAAAGAUUUUGGGGACUCCCCCUAAAAUAGGGGGAUUUUGGGGUGUUCUUUGCCCCAGAUCAUGAAAUUUUUGGGGUGUCCCACCCCCCAGAAAAGGAGAAUUUGGGGGCCCCGACCCCCUGACUACGAUUUGGGGAAAUCUUCCCUGAAAGAGAAGGUUUUGGGGUCCCCUGCCCCAAAAUAAAAGAGUUUUGGGGUUCCCUGCCCCGUGUUAUGAGGUUUUGGGGUCACAGUUAAAAUUGGAGGGACCCCAUUAAGUUCAAGAGGUUUUGGGGUUUUUUAAUCCCCCCAGGGCACCAAGUUUGGGGGUCCUGUACCCCAAUUCAUGAGGUUUUGGGGUGUCUCAACCCCUGUACAAGAUUUUGGAGGGGGGGUCACACCCCUAAAUUGGUGAGGGGGAUUUGGGGGGUCCCCUCACCCCCAAACUCCGAGGUUUUGGAAACAAGUUUUUUCAUGUGUGUUAUUUUUCUAAACGUUCCCUGCACCCCACUUUUUUGGGGGUGCCUCCCCCAAAUUUUUGGGGGUGUUUAGAGCAUCAUUUUACAGGGGGGGCACCCCCAAAACAGGAAGGGUCAGUCCCAGUUUGGGGGGAGUUUAAGGGAGGGAUUUGGGGGAUUCCCCCCACUAAACCUCCCCCAUUGGAAUUUGGGGGUCCCUCCCCACCUUUUAUUCCCUUCCCCUCUUUGUUUGAAGGAUAAUAUUUUGGAUUUUGGGGGGCUGCAGCCCCUCCAGUUGUAAAUAAACAGCGCCGUUGCUUCGUA